GUCUUAUUAGUGUGAAUGACUUGAAAAAAACAAGUGACAACAGCUCAGCAGGAGAGACGAUCGCGGAAAACCGAGGAGCUUUUUCUUGCUUUUGUAACUUCUUCCCUCUUCCUUCCGCCCUCCACCUGUAUGACUGCGUAAAGGCAAAAGCAACUCAGUUAUGGAGAGUUCCAUUGAGGCCUCGCAGAUCGGAGACCCCUCAAAACCCAAGCCUACCCUGGCCCCCAAACCUCGGCUCACUCCCAAGCCCUUCUCCCUGCAGAAUAAAACCACCUUUCGCUCCAUAACUGCUCCAAAGACCACCACCACAACCGUCAAGCCAACAACACACCAGACCGGAAAAUCGGAAGAUACAGGCGUCCCCAAAACCACUCUGACCCCACCAGCUCUGAAAGCUCCUCCACAAAGCACAACGCCUGAAUCCAAACCCAGACCUGUGAGUGAGCUCACCAAAGAUGAACCAAAAGCUGCCAAAGAAAAUAAAACAAGCCCACAUGUAGAGGAUGUUCCUGACUCAACUGAAGUUCCUGUAAAAUCAAAGAAACCACCACCAUCUGCUGCACCCAAGACAUCCCAAUCUGAGCCAACGCAGAAAGAAAACGUCAUUCAGACCAACCAUAAAGCAUCCACAGACGCUGUUAGUGGAGUAAAUAAAGACGUAACAAAGACAGGAGAUGAAACUCAGGGUUCUGGGAUCAAAACGGAUGAAGAAUCAGGUUUUUCUGAUCCAAAAUACACAUGGGGUGGAACCAGGAAGCGCCUUUCCACAAAGCUAACAUCUAAGUUUGAGUCAGGUGGUGUACCCCUGCCCCCACAGCCCACCCAGCCCACCCAGCCCACCGUAACCCCCUCCCCAAGCACCACAAAAGAAGAUGCAAACAAAUCAGCGCCUUCCAAACCAAGCCAGAUGACCUUAGAGCCACCACAGAAAGAGAACGACGACAGCGGACUAAACGAAGAGCAGAGCGGAGGAGGCAGCAUCAAACGGAGGAUCAGUCUUCUGUUUGACGCAUCCAAACCUGAGGUCAGUACUAAGAGGGAGGAGCCAGAAGUGAUCGGACAGAUGAACAGCACAGGGGGGGUAAAAGAGCGGAUUAAGAACUGGGCUGUGGAGGCGAAUGCAGAGACUCAGAGGACUGAGAAGAAGCCCCAGGUAGCUCCCAGACCUCGCUCCAAGAGCUUUGAGCCCAUAACUGCUCCAACAGUAGAGAAACCAUCCAAGCCGCCACCUGUUGAACUUCCUGCAGCAGAAGCUCCGUCCAGUCAGGCUCCAGAUCAACCAUCAAAGGUUUCUACAACUGAAGAACCUGCAGAAAAACUGCUGGAGGAAUCUAAAGAUGCUCCUCCUAAAGAGAAGGUGUUGGAAAGUGCACUCAAGACAUCAGGACAAGAGGAGCACAAUGAACCAGCAGCCCAGACUGAGGGAGAAUCUGAUGGUGUGGAUUGUCCUCUAAGAAGGGACAGCGUCAAACGUCGCUCUGUUCACUUCGGCGUUGUGGAGAGAGAUGAUGGCGGACCUCCAGAGAUCCUGGGUUCAGCAUCCGAAUCCAGUGCAGAGGAAGAAGAGGCCUCUGAGGAUGAAGCUGAGGAGGACGUCAAGGGGUCAGUCCCCGUCUACAGAGGAGUGGGAAUCCUUCAGAGUAAAGAUGAUGACAAGCAAAAAGAAGAACAGGAACGACUGAAACAUUUGGAAUUUGAAAGGAAACGGAAAGCAGAGGAGAAUGAAAAGGCGAGACUUGAGUUAGAGGAGGAGCUGAAACGAAAAGAAGAAAGGGAAAGAGAAAGGGUGAGGAAGAUGGAGGAGGAGAGGGAAAGGGUGAGGAAGAUGGAGGAGGAGAGGGAAAGAGUGAGGAAAAUGGAGGAGGAGAGGGAAAGGGUGAGGAAGAUGGAGGAGGAGAAGGAAAGGGUGAGGAAGAUGGAGGAGGAGAAGGAAAGGGUGAGGAAGAUAGAGGAGGAGAAGGAAAGAGAGAGGUUGAAGGAGGAGGAAAUGGAAAGACUUAGGAAGGAGGAAUGGGAGAGAAAAAGGUUGGAGGAAGAGGAGGAGAGGGAAAGGAAGAGAAAAGAGGAGAUGGAGAGAGAAAGACAGAUAGAGCUGAUGUGGCAGAGACAGAAAGAGGAGGAUAGAGAAAGGGCAAAACAAAAAGAAGAGCGACUCAGGCAAGAUCAAGAAGAAAGGGAAAAAGAAAGACUGAGUGAGGAAAAAGAAAGAAAGAGGUUGAGAGAGGAGGAAAGAGUGACUCAUGUCCAUGAAGAUCACAGGCGUAAACUGACAGAAGAAGACAUUCAUGAAGAGAAACAGAGAGAGGAAGAAUGGGAAAAGGAAUGGGUGAAUAAGACAGAGAGCACGAAAGACGGAGAUGAAGAAAAGAAAAGGAGAGAGCAAGAGGUAGAGGAAGAAAUGGAACGGUGUAGGAAGGAGGAAUGGGAGAGAAAAAGGUUGGAGGAAGAGGAGGAGAGGGAAAGGAAGAGAAAAGAAGAGAUGGAGAGAGAAAGACAGAUGGAGUUGAUGUGGCAGAGACAGAAAGAGGAGGAAAGAGAGGAGGCACGGCAGAAAGAGGAGAGACUUAGACAAGAGGAGAUGGAGAGAGAAAAACUAAGAAAGGAGGCAGAAGAGAGGGAGAGGGAGCUGCAAAGGAGGCUGGAAGAGGAGAAGAGGCUUAGAGAAAAAGAAAGAGAAGAGGAGGAGAGGAGAAUGGAAGAGGAAAGGAGGAGACAGAUAGAGAAAGAAAGAGUUGAAGAGCAAGAGAGAAAAAUGCAGGAGGAACUAGAAAGAAAGAAAGUUAAAGAACUGGAAGAACAACUAAAAAUGGAGAGGGAGAGGGAGCUGCAGAGGCUGGAAGAGGAGAAGAGGAUUAGAGAAAAAGAAAGAGAGGAGGAGGAGAGGGAAAGGAAGAGAAAAGAAGAGAUGGAGAGAGAAAGGCAGAUGGAGUUGAUGUGGCAGAGACAGAAAGAGGAGGAAAGAGAGAAGGCACAGCAGAAAGAGGAGAGACUUAGACAAGAGGAGAUGGAGAGAGAAAAACUAAGAAAGGAGGCAGAAGAGAGGGAGAGGGAGCUGCAAAGGAGGCUGGAAGAGGAGAAGAGGAUUAGAGAAAAAGAAAGAGAGGAGGAGGAGAGGAGAAUGGAAGAGGAAAGGAGGAGACAGAUAGAGAAAGAAAGGGUUGAAGAGCAAGAGAGAAAAAUGCAGGAGGAACUAGAAAGAAAGAAAGUUAAAGAACUGGAAGAGCAACUAAAAAUGGAGGAAGACAGAGAAAAAGAAUGUAGAGGGAGAAACUUGCAAAAGGAGCUAAACAUUGAAAAAGAGAAAGAGACAGCAGUGGAUGAAGCAAAUUUAAUCAGCUUCAAAUCAGAAGAUUUACCUCAGACGGCAAAUUCCCCCACAGCUCAACCCUACGAGCCCAUAGCGAGCAAAGGGCUGAUUGAUGUUGACUUUGAUGACUUUUCUGUAAAGAAGCCUCUGAUUGAGGUCGAUUUUGACGAUUUUUCAGUCAAACCAAUGAGAUGGGGCUCAAAGGUGAAAGCAGAAACUAGUCCAGUCCAAAGCUGGGCAGAUGAAACAGUGGAUAAAGAGGCAGAUCUGUUAGUGCCACAAAAGAUGGAACUGUUGGUACCACAACAGAUGGAGACGUUGGUCCCUCAAAAGAUGGAAAUGUUGGUGCCCCAAAAGGUGGAGACGUUGGUGCCAGUGGAUGUCAGCCACCAGGAAGUAAAAGCAGCAGAUGAGGUACCAGAUAAUUCAGAGUUCAGUUCAGAGCCUAUAUCACUCCUGGAGAACCCUGUGGAGGAGAAGCUGGAGGAGGGAGAGCUUAUCUCUAUGGAGGUGGAGGAAAAGGGAGAAGACGAGGAGGUGGAGGUAGAGGUGGAGGUGGAGGAAAACGUACCAGCAGAGGAGGAAAAGAAGAUGGAGAAGGAAGAGGAAGAGGUGCACAACACACAAGAAGAUGAAGGUGAAGGAGACAUCAUGCAAAAGGCACAAGUUAACAGUUAUGGUUCAGGCGGUGAAGACAGAGACACUGAUGUUUUGAUAGACCGUGAGCCAGACCAGCAGUAUGGAGCCAGCGAACAGACAUCUGAAACUGACAGUGCAAUGCCUGUCCCUGAGCAACCACCUGAAGCCCCUUGUGACGAUACUGAUAACACCGAUUUUCACAAAGAAGCAGAAUUGGUUGCAUUUCCAGAGAGCACUGCCCCUCUUCUUGACACCAGCGCACAGAGAUCGAAGGCCGAUUUGGGUAGGAGGCGAAGUCGAUCGCGUCCAUCUCGCUCUCUCCGUAUUGCAGUGCCUCAGACAGAGAAGAAGGACUGGAGGGUUUGUGACUCCACAGAGGCAAAAGAAAUAUUAUCCAAGGAAAAGGAGUUGGAGUCUGAUGAGGAGCAGCCGAAAGCGAAGAUGGUCUGUUCUCCUCCUACCUCCCAAAGAGUAUCCGUGUUUCCUGGUUUAAACCCUGCUGCUUUAAUUGCUCAGAUAAAAAAACGAACAGGUGGUGAAAAAGAGGGUGAAGUACCAGCAGAAGAGAAGGGAAGAGAGGAGAAAGAAAGUCCAAAUGAGGAGGUGGUAUCUCCAUCCCAACACCUCCGCACUCCUCGCUCUCCUGCUCAUCUGGCAGGGGCUGCGCUAGUGCUGCCACCCUUAGGCGGCUCAGGCGGAGGUGCUGCCUCCUCUCCUGCUUGGCUGAAAGAACUCAAGUCUAAAAAGCGACUAAGUCAAUACGAAAGCGAGGGUUAGCUGCACACAGGAGACACUGCUCUUGCUGCAAGUAUCAGCUCAAAUCAGCUUCUGCUGCUGAGAGACAUUGUGCGAUGAUUGGACUUUGUGUGCCUUAUUUUACACUUUUACUGAGAUAUGCAGGAGGGAGAUUCAGACUUAUAAUGAAUAUUGACACCACUGAGAACUUUUCAUCUUCUAAAUGAAGCACAGUGCCAAGGCUACGUGCCAAGACUGUGAUGUGUUCAUGCCAGGUACGUGUAAUAUAUGAUGUUGUAUAAAGGCCUAAUGGAGCUUGACUGCACCAGUGUAAUUUAGAACAAAGCUGUGGAUUGUCAGACUGUUUCAUGCUUUGUUUUUGGGUGUAUACUGACAGGGACUGAUGACACUAGGACAACAGCGAGGUAUUUACUGUCUCAUACACUCAAACGUACAGUAUGUACAGGAAAAACACAAUAUAAAUGAUUGCACCUUGUGUGUUUUACGUUUAAUUUGUACAUAAUGCCUUUUACGUUGUUACCAAUCACAAAUCGUCUCAUGUAAACCUACCUUGCACUUUAAAAAAAAAAAAAAAUAAUAAUUACCGUCCAUUAAGUACAAAUAAAAAUAAAGUAAAAAAAAAAGACCUAAAUCUAGUGAGAUGGGAAAGGGAACAAUUGUCUUGCCUUAGAUUUCUGUCCUCCCUGUAAAGUAAGUUGCCUUAAUACCUUUACCAUGCACUCCUUGAUUGUAUUUUAAUGCUUGACAAGUGGUCAGAAUGUCAAAUUGGAUGAAAAUUUAGGGAUGUCGGGAUGCUGUAAUGUAUUCAUGCAGUGUGUUUGUACUCUUUUAUGUGCUUUUUUAAUGUAAUCAUGUAUGAUCAGCGUAUCUUAUAUAUGAUAAGAGGAAACUGAGGGAAUUUUAUUAAAAUCUUUUCUAUGA